UAUUAAUAAUCUGAAAUUUAAAAAACGCUUGUGUCUAUUGCAAAAAUAAAACAUGGUUUAUAACAAAGAGCACAAAUUAAUUUUGCAAACAAUUAUGCACGACGGUUUUCUAUCCGAAAAUAAAGCAAAAGAGUUAAUUAUAAAGUUAUUUAAUGAUAAUAAAGUUGUACCAGUAAUAAAUCAAAUAAAUGAAAAAUUACAACCCUUAAACAUGUUGAUCAAAAGAAUACAGUGUGAAAUUACAGGCCAGUUGUAUUGGGUUUUAAUAAGUACGGUGCUUGAUGAAGUAACCAGGUUUCAAACUGAAUUUUCAAAAAAUCAAUUGGCUUUAUUAAGAAUUAUAUUUUCUGAAAUUAUAAUAUCGGACAAUGGAUGCAUACAAAGUACAGUGUGUUUAAAUUUAUGCUCUUCUUCAGAUGUGAAAAUGUCAAAAGCAGAUGCUGAAAAUUUUCUUGAGGAUAUGGUUAAUAGAAAAUGGUUAAUUUAUAAGGAUGGUUAUUACUACAUGGGUAUAAGAAGUAUAACAGAAUUAAUGCCAUAUUUUAAAGCUACAUAUGAAAGUAACUUAAAUACAUGUUACCUUUGCAAACAAAUUCUUUUUCAUGGUAAAAAAUGUACUAAUUGUGAAACCUUCUUUCACUUGUAUUGCUUGAAGAAAUUCACUAUGGUUUGUGAUCCUAUGAAAUGCCCUAAUUGCAACACAGUUAUCUCAGAUGUUGAUCUAUCUGGUAUACAAGAUGAUUCAACACUAGCAGAAGAGGAUACAAGUAAAGUAAAAAAAUCCAGCAGAAAGGUUUUAAGAAAUAAAAACUAGAUUUAGUUAAAAUACAAAA